UGAGCUAGGGGCUGUCUUCAUUAACAGCAAAAGUGUUACUUUGUUGUAGAUGACAGAUAAGCCUCAUCACGGGAGAGUUACCUAGUUCGUCUGCAAGUUCAAAAUGUAGAGAAACCUCUCUACCGUGGGACUUUCCAUUGCUUUCAGUCCAUCAUAAAGCAAGAAUCUGCUUUUGGACUCUAUAAAGGUAUCGGGUCACCAAUGAUGGGACUUACGUUCAUUAACGCGCUGGUGUUCGGGGUGCAAGGAAACACCCUUCGUGCUCUGGGCAAAGACACUCCUCUGAACCAGUUCCUUGCAGGGUCAGCAGCAGGGGCCAUCCAGUGUGUCAUCUGCUGUCCCAUGGAGCUGGCAAAGACAAGGAUGCAGCUUCAAGGAACGGGAGAAUAUAAACUAAAAACGAAGAACUACAAAAAUUCUCUGGACUGUUUGAUCAAAAUCUAUCAAAAGGAAGGGCUGAGGGGUAUCAACAGGGGCAUGGUCUCUACCUUCAUAAGAGAAACUCCAAGCUUUGGCUUUUACUUCCUGACCUAUGACUGCAUGACUCGGUACCUGGGCUGCGAGGCUGAAGACAGUUACGUCAUUCCCAAACUGCUGUUUUCUGGAGGGAUGUCGGGAAUCGUGUCGUGGCUCUCCACCUAUCCCAUGGAUGUGAUCAAAUCCCGGCUCCAGGCCGACGGUGUAGGAGGGGUCACCCAGUACAAGGGCAUCCUGGACUGUGUCAGGAAGAGUUACCACGAGGAGGGCUGGAGGGUGUUCACCAGAGGCCUCACCUCCACGCUCCUCCGUGCUUUUCCCGUCAAUGCAGCCACCUUUGCCACUGUCACCGUGUUCCUAAUGUACAUGAAGUCAGAAGACAACCUUCCUGAAUGUGAACCAGGCCCAGUAAUCCACCAGCCUUCCAGUUUGUGAACCUUCUCUCUUUGUUCUUCUCAUCCAAAGCCCAGCUGGUUGGGUUUUGUGAAACAUGAACACUUGACCUGCACAAGUAGUGUAGAUUUGUGCUCUCUGUAUAGAGUUCCUAAAUGUAUCAGAUUAGGAUUUCAUCUCACUACUUGUAUAAACAGCAUCUUGCCUUAUUCAGGACUCCGUAUCUAGUAGUAUUCAAGUAAGAGGGGGACCUGCCUUUUGAAAGUUGCUGUUGUGGCUCCAGAAGAGGUUCUGGAGAGUGUUCUAGCACCAGAAAUCGAGUUCUUUCACUCAGGUUCUGAAUGACUGAGUUGAGUUGAAUGCAGAAGUGUUUUCAUGAAAGAAAUACUCAUUUUGUAUGUGACAGGAGUAAGUGUACUCCUCUAAGGUGAAGAAGGGGGAAGAAGUGUGAUGGUGGAGGUGUUUUGCAGGUAACCCUGAACUGUAAAGACAUGGACUAGCAUUCAGCUAGUCCUGUGUUUUACUUUUCCUUUGCUUUUUUAUGUCAAUGGUUUUAAUAGAACUUUGUUCAUACUGAUUUGUUAAAAAAAAAAAAAGAAAAAAGUUGUACCUAAGUUACUCCCUGACCUUUUAGCUUUGAAUAAAUAUCUUAAGCACAAAGUUAGCAUCUGCACUCAAAUGCACUUGUUCCUUUAAAUUUCAAGGCUUGUAAGGAUUUAGGGAAACUCAAAUCUAGUAGGACUGGUAUUGUUUGCCCUCACCUCUGUUUCUCCUCUGGUGGGUGCACAGACUGCAUUGAGUAGUUCAGCCCAGUGGACUUUGUUCUCUGAAGUUAGUGCAACUUUGCCCCACUUCUCCCAACAUGCCCCAUAGCAGCCAGUGAUGUACAGAAGUCAAAGUCCUGCCUGUGGUAUUGCACAAAAUGUUUGUGGAUGCAAUGUUAGCUUUGCAGCUUGAGGUAUCUUAGAAGUACGUACAUAUUUAGGACUGGAGGUUUCAUAACUUUCCAGAAAAUAGGGGUGUAAGUGUCUGAAAUGGUUGCUGUUCAAUACACUUGCAUUAUGAAUCAAAAUGAUACUGAUUUUUAUGUAUUUAGUUACAGUGCUACUGGAAAAAAGACUGAAGAGGGUUUUGGAGAAUUUUCUUGUUACAUUAAUCUGCUGUAAUUUUUUUUUUUACCAGUCUGUUCAAGAAUUGAAUUAGCCAAAGAGCUACAAACAGUUAUUUAAGAUUUGAGCUAAAAGCUACACGUAUUUGGCACAAAUAGCCAGGAGGAAGGACUGUAUGUGUGUGAGCAAUGUUUUAAAACAUAUGAAACUAGUUCAGUAAGUACAACUUGUUACACUUUUGGUUGGGACAAGUGCAAUAGGUGUUUAAUUUAUAUGAAUUUUCUAAAGAAGCGUUAUUUCAUAGCAUUUUGCACUGUAACAAAAUAUGCUGGAGAAACCUGUAAAAUUGGUGUGUCUUUCUUUUUAUACCUUGAAGGUAUGGUGGAUGUUUUAGUGCCUACUUGCACUGAGAUUCAAAUUGAAUGUUAAAUCUGUCUACUAAGCUGCAUAUGCACAACAAAUCACAGCAAAGACCAUUUACACCUUUGUACAGGAGUAUGUCAAGUCUUGUAUAUAUAUCUUAAG